AUGUCUAAUUCAGGGUCCUGCUUGCAGAUCUUCUUCUAUGAGGAUAAGAACUUCCAGGGUCAUUACUACGAAUGUAGCAGUGAUUGUCCUGAGCUCAGCUCCCACAUCAGCCGCUGUAACUCCAUCCGGGUGGAGAACGGGGCCUGGGUAGUUUAUGAACGACCCCACUACAUGGGGUACCAAUACAUCCUCAUGAAAGGGGAGUACCCUAACUACCAGAACUGGAACGGCUUCAGUGACACCAUCCGUUCCUGUCGCCUCAUCAGGCAUGUAAGUCAAGGAAAAACGCACAGGAUUCGCAUCUACGAACGUCCAGAUUUCAGCGGCCAUAUGAUUGAGUUCAGCGAGGACCUCCAAAACCUGUGGGACCGCUGGCGCUUCCGUGACGUUCAGUCGGCUAACGUCCAGGAAGGCAGCUGGGUCUUCUAUGAGCAUCCAAACUACAGGGGACGUCAGUACUUGCUAGAGAAGGGCGAAUACAGACAGCAUGCAGAGUGGGGGGCCCUUCAUCCGUCUGUCGGUUCCAUUAGACGUGUUGUGGAAUUGUAGGCUGUAUCUUCAACCGUAUCACUUACUGUUUCUCACCUUCCUUCUGUCAAUACCCUGCCUGCAAAUAAAAGCAUACAAACAAUGGACAUUGGAGUUUUUUUGUGAUUACAAAACAGGUCAGAA